UAGACCGACUGCAACUGGGGUUGCAAGCGGAGCAGCGUAUAAAAGCGCUUAUCCUGGCCGACACAAAUCACACUUCGACUUCAGCAGUCAACGAGAGCAAGCAGCAGCAACAGCAUCAGCAUCAGCAGUAUCAGUCACGCCACAAACAGAUUAUACAAUGGCAGCUCUUAGAUGUACUCUCACUUUGCUACUGGUCACCAUCAUUGUGGCAGCGAUUCUGUUGCACAGCAGCGAGGCAGCCUACAGGAAGCCGCCAUUCAAUGGCAGCAUCUUUGGCAAGCGCAAUGCUUUGGAUUAUGACAAUGCCAAGGCAAUGAGCGCCGUUUGUGAGGUGGCCAUGGAGGCGUGUCAAAGCUGGUUUCCACAGAACGAUAGCAAAUAGGAGCAAGCCCUGAGACUGAUCUUAAAGCACACUAAAACUAAAUUAUACUGCAGCUGUCGAAUCACAGGUAGCGACUAAAUAUACUCAUGAGCAAGACAAGUAUGAAAUCAAUUACAAGUAAAAG